UGGCGUGGUGUCCUCUGACAAGGUCUGUGGCGCAGCGAGCCGGUUCUGCCGAGCUGAGGGUGCUGUCCUCGGCCGGGCCGCGACACGGUGAAAUAAAGUUGGCUAUAGAUUUCUCUGAAAAUGUCUGUUCUGAUAUCACAGAGUGUGAUAAAUUAUGUGGAAGAAGAAAAUAUUCCUGCUCUGAAAGCUCUUCUUGAGAAGUGCAAAGAUGUGGAUGAGAGAAAUGAGUGUGGCCAGACUCCCCUGAUGAUUGCUGCUGAACAGGGCAAUGUGGAAAUAGUGAAAGAGCUGAUUAAGAAUGGAGCCAACUGCAACCUGGAAGAUCUGGAUAACUGGACAGCACUUAUAUCUGCAUCUAAAGAGGGGCACAUCCACAUCGUAGAGGAGCUGCUUAAGUGUGGCGCCAAUCUGGAGCACCGGGACAUGGGGGGAUGGACAGCUCUCAUGUGGGCAUGCUACAAAGGCAGGACUGACGUUGUCGAAUUGCUUCUUUCUUAUGGUGCCAACCCAAGUGUCACUGGUUUGUACAGUGUUUACCCAAUCAUUUGGGCAGCGGGCAGAGGCCAUGCAGACAUAGUGCAUCUUCUGCUGCAGAAUGGUGCAAAGGUCAAUUGCUCUGACAAGUAUGGAACAACCCCUUUGGUGUGGGCUGCCAGAAAGGGUCAUUUGGAAUGUGUGAAGCAUUUGUUGGCCAUGGGAGCUGACGUUGAUCAAGAAGGAGCCAAUUCGAUGACUGCACUUAUUGUGGCAGUGAAAGGGGGCUACACACAGUCAGUGAAAGAGAUUUUGAAAAGGAACCCAAAUGUAAAUCUAACUGAUAAAGAUGGAAAUACAGCUUUGAUGAUUGCAUCGAAGGAGGGACAUAUAGAGAUUGUACAGGACCUGCUGGAUGCUGGAACAUACGUGAACAUACCUGACAGGAGUGGAGAUACUGUGUUGAUUGGCGCUGUUAGAGGUGGUCAUGUUGAAAUUGUUCGAGCACUUCUCCAAAAGUACGCUGAUAUAGACAUUAGAGGUCAGGACAAUAAGACUGCAUUGUAUUGGGCUGUUGAAAAGGGAAAUGCGACAAUGGUGAGAGAUAUCCUGCAGUGCAAUCCUGAUACUGAAAUAUGCACGAAGGAUGGUGAGACACCACUAAUAAAGGCCACCAAGAUGAGAAAUAUAGAAGUAGUGGAGCUGCUGCUGGAUAAGGGAGCUAAGGUGUCUGCUGUGGACAAGAAAGGUGACACUCCUCUGCAUGUUGCCAUACGAGGGAGGAGCCGGAGACUGGCAGAGCUUCUUUUACGGAACCCCAAAGAUGGGCGACUACUUUACAGGCCCAACAAAGCAGGCGAAACUCCCUACAACAUUGACUGCAGCCACCAGAAAAGCAUUUUAACUCAAAUAUUUGGAGCCAGACAUUUGUCUCCUAUGGAAACAGACGGUGACAUGCUCGGUUAUGAUUUGUAUAGCAGCGCUCUGGCAGAUAUUCUCAGUGAACCUACCAUGCAGCCACCCAUUUGUGUGGGGUUGUAUGCACAGUGGGGAAGUGGGAAGUCUUUCUUACUCAAGAAACUAGAAGAUGAAAUGAAGACAUUUGCAGGACAGCAGAUUGAGCCCCUUUUCCAGUUCUCCUGGCUCAUAGUGUUCCUCACCCUGCUGCUGUGUGGGGGGCUGGGCCUGGUGUUUGCUUUUACGGUUGAUACAAAUCUCGCCAUCGCAAUUUCACUGAGUUUCCUGGCUGUCUUAUAUAUAUUCUUUAUCGUCAUUUACUUCGGUGGACGACGGGAAGGGGAGAGUUGGAACUGGGCCUGGGCCCUCAGUACCAGACUGGCAAGACACAUUGGGUAUCUGGAGCUUCUCUUCAAACUGAUGUUUGUGAACCCACCUGAACUGCCAGAACAAACUACUAAGGCUUUGCCUGUGAGGUUUUUGUUUACAGAUUACAAUAGACUCUCCAGUGUAGGUGGAGAAACUUCCUUGGCUGAAAUGAUCGCGACCCUCUCAGAUGCUUGUGAGAGAGAGUUUGGGUUUUUGGCUACCCGGCUUUUUCGAGUAUUCAAGACUGAAGAUACCCAGGGUAAAAAGAAAUGGAAAAAAACAUGCUGUCUCCCAUCUUUUAUCAUCUUUCUUUUUAUUGUUGGCUGCAUUAUUGCUGGAAUUACUCUUUUGGCUAUAUUCAGAGUUGACCCAAAACAUCUGACAGUGAAUGCCAUCCUCAUAUCAAUUGCAUCUAUUGUGGGGCUGGCCUUUGUGCUGAACUGUCGUACAUGGUGGCAAGUGCUGGACUCUCUCCUGAAUUCUCAGAGAAAACGCCUCCACAGUGCUGCCUCCAAAUUACAUAAGUUGAAAAGUGAGGGAUUCAUGAAAGUCCUGAAGUGUGAAGUGGAGCUGAUGGCCAGGAUGGCAAAGACCAUUGACAGCUUCACUCAGAAUCAGACAAGGCUGGUGGUUAUCAUCGAUGGCCUGGAUGCCUGUGAGCAGGAUAAAGUCCUUCAGAUGCUAGACACUGUCCGAGUUCUGUUUUCAAAAGGCCCCUUUAUUGCCAUUUUUGCAAGUGAUCCACAUAUUAUCAUAAAGGCCAUCAACCAGAACCUGAAUAGUGUACUUCGUGAUUCAAAUAUAAAUGGGCACGACUAUAUGCGAAAUAUAGUUCACUUACCAGUUUUCCUUAAUAGUCGUGGAUUUAGCAAUGCAAGAAAAUUUCUUGUAACUUCAGCAACAAAUGGGGACAUAUCGUGCUCAGAUACUACAGGAGUCCAGGAGGACAUUGACAGAAGAGUUUCACAAAACAGCCUUGGGGAGAUGACAAAGCUUGGUAGCAAAACGGCUCUCAAUAGAAGGGAUACUUACCGCAGAAGACAGAUGCAGAGGACCAUCACUCGGCAGAUGUCCUUUGAUCUCACGAAGCUGCUGGUCACCGAGGAUUGGUUCAGUGACAUCAGUCCUCAGACAAUGAGACGAUUACUCAAUAUUGUUUCUGUGACAGGGCGGUUACUAAGAGCCAAUCAGAUUACUUUCAACUGGGACAGGCUAGCCAGCUGGAUCAACCUUACCGAGCAGUGGCCAUACCGGACUUCAUGGCUCAUACUAUAUCUGGAAGAGACUGAAGGUGUUCCUGAUCAGAUGACAUUAAAGACCAUCUACGAGAGAAUAUCAAAGAAUAUUCCAACAACUAAAGAUGUUGAGCCACUGCUUGAAAUUGAUGGAGAUAUAAGAAAUUUUGAAGUAUUUCUGUCUUCAAGGACCCCAGUUCUUGUGGCUCGAGAUGUAAAGACCUUUUUGCCAUGCACGGUAAACCUGGAUCCCAAACUGCGGGAGAUCAUUGCAGAUGUUCGAGCUGCAAGAGAGCAGAUCAACAUAGGAGGCCUUGCAUAUCCCCCGCUCCCUCUGCAUGAAGGCCCUCCUCGCCCACCUUCUGGGUACAGUCAGCCUGCAUCUGUCUGCUCCUCAGCAUCCUUCAACGGGCCAUUCCCAGCCGGAGCUGUGUCCCCACAGCCCCACAGCAGCUAUUACAGUGGCAUGUCUGGCCCCCAGCACCCCUUCUACAACAGGCCAUUCUUUGCCCCAUACCUUCACACGCCAAGGUGUUACCCUGGCGCUUCCCAACAUCUCAUCUCACGCUCAUCAGUAAAAACGAGUUUGCCCAGAGAUCAGAACAAUGGCCUAGAAGUUAUCAAGGAGGAUGCUGCUGAGGGGCUUCCUUCACCCACAGACUCCUCGAGGGAGAAGAGCUGGACGAGAAAGCUGCAGAUGCGGCUGUGUGACUCUGGGCUUAACAAACAGAGACAGGCAUCGGCCUCCAACACAGGCACAGCACUGUUACUGAGUUCAAUGACUGUGGAUAUCGUGGCUGAGAAACUGAGACAAAUAGAAGGAUUGGACCAGACCAUGCUGUCUCAGUAUUGCACAACAAUCAAAAAGGCAAACAUAAAUGGCCGAGUAUUGUCUCAGUGUAAUGUUGAUGAGCUGAAGAAAGAGAUGAACAUGAACUUUGGAGACUGGCAUCUUUUCAGAAGCAUGGUCUUAGAAAUGAGAAGUAUGGAAAGCCAGGUGGUCCCCGAAGACACACGUUUUCUUAAUGAAAACUCCAGCGCCCCAGUUCCUCAUGGGGAGUCUGCUCGCCGAUCUUCUCACAAUGAACUACCUCACACAGAGCUUUCCAGCCAAACUCCCUACACCCUGAACUUCAGCUUUGAAGAACUGAACACGCUUGGCCUAGAUGAGGGAGCCCCACGGCACAGUAAUCUGAGUUGGCAGUCACAAACUCGCAGAACCCCAAGUCUCUCGAGUCUCAAUUCCCAGGAUUCCAGUAUUGAAAUUUCAAAGCUUACUGAUAAGGUGCAGGCCGAGUAUAGAGAUGCCUAUAGAGAGUACAUUGCUCAGAUGUCCCAGUUAGAAGGGGGCACAGGGUCGUCAACAAUAAGCGGCAGAUCUUCUCCACACAGCGCAUACUACAUAGGUCAGAGCUCUUCUGGGGGCUCCAUUCAUUCCAGUCUAGAGCAAGAAAGGGGGAAGGAGAGUGAGCUAAAGCAGGAUGACGGGCGGAAGUCCUUCCUAAUGAAGAGGGGGGAUGUCAUGGAUUACUCCUCCUCAGGGGUGUCCACCAACGAGGCCUCACCUCUGGACCCCAUUACUGAAGAAGAUGAGAAAUCCGACCAGUCAGGUAGUAAGUUGCUCCCAGGCAAGAAAUCCUCAGAACGGCCCAGUCUCUUCCAGACAGACCUGAAGCUAAAGGGAGGUGGUCUGCGCUACCAGAAACUUCCCAGUGAUGAAGAUGAGUCUGGGACAGAAGAGUCAGAUAAUACCCCACUGCUCAAAGAUGAUAAGGAUAAAAAGGCUGAAGGCAAAGCAGAGAGAGUGUCCAAGUCUCCAGAGCACAGUGCCGAGCCAAUCAGAACAUUCAUUAAAGCAAAAGAGUAUCUGUCGGAUGCCCUCCUUGACAAGAAAGAUUCCUCAGAUUCGGGAGUGAGAUCCAACGAGAGCUCUCCCAGCCACUCUCUUCACAAUGAAGUGGCAGACAGCUCCCAGCUGGGAAAGGCAAAUCUCAUAGAGCUUGAAGAUGAUGGCCACAGUGGGAAACGGGGGAUGCCACACAGCCUGAGUGGCCUGCAAGAUCCAGUUAUCGCUCGGAUGUCCAUUUGCUCAGAAGACAAGAAAAGCCCUUCUGAGUGUAGCCUGAUCGCUAGCAGUCCUGAAGAAAGCUGGCCUGCGUGCCAGAAGGCCUACAAUCUGAACCGAACACCCAGCACCGUGACUCUGAACAACAACACUGUGCCCACUAACCGAGCCAAUCAAAACUUUGACGAGAUGGAGGGGAUCAGGGAAACUUCUCAGGGCAUUUUGAGGCCUGGGCCCAGUCCCAACCCAACUGCUGUUCAGAAUGAAAAUCUGAAGACACAAAAGCGAAGCCAGCGGUCCAGUUAUACGAGGCUCUCAAAAGAUGCAUCUGAGCUGCAUGCAGCCUCCUCAGAUAGCACAGGCUUUGGAGAAGAAAGAGAAAGCAUUCUCUGAGGAAAAGAAGUGAUGUAGCACUGUCCUACCUAAGGAGAAGAUUGUCAUGAACUUUGAACUGGUCCAUCGCCAUUAUUCGUCAUGUUCAUGCACCACAGAU